UGGAUGAAGCAGUGAGAUUGGACGAAUGGAGAGGCCGCGCUCGGUGGUGGACUGCCGGGACAUCCAAUGAUCGGACCGGUUGUAGCGGUGUCUGCGCGGUGCGGCCGUGAGCGCACUGGAUGGGACGGGACAGAGCUUCAUGGGGGACGCAGGCGACAGCGGCUAGGACCACCGCUCCCACAUCCAGGAGGGACGAAUCCGCAGCGCGGAGACACCCCCGCGGCUCCACGGCGCUCCGCUACCGGGGGAUCGCACCAGAAGAGAUAACGGAGCAUGAUUACGUUGCAUUUGUGCGUCUCCUCCUCCGACCAUGGACUGACCGAAUCCCUCUCCGGAUGAUUUGAUGGGGCUGCUCAGAGUCAUGAUGCCGCCCAAGUUGCAGCUCCUGGCGCUGCUGGCGUUCGCAGUGGCCAUGUUCUUUCUGGAGAACCAGAUCCAGAAGCUGGAGGAGUCCCGGGGAAAGCUCGAACGAGCCAUCGCCAGACACGAGGUGCGAGAGAUCGAGCAGCGGCACACGCAGGACGGCCUGCGGGAGCGGGACUCCACCGCCGCGGCGUCCGACGGCGAGGACGACGUGGUCAUCAUCUACAACCGCGUGCCCAAGACGGCCAGCACCUCCUUCACCAACAUCGCCUACGACCUGUGCGGCAAGAACCACUACCACGUCCUGCACAUCAACACCACCAAGAACAACCCCGUCAUGUCCAUCCAGGACCAGGUGCGGUUUGUAAAAAAUGUAACCGAAUGGAGGGAAAUGAAGCCGGCGUUUUACCACGGACACGUCUCCUUCCUCGACUUCACCAAAUUCGGGGUGAAGAGAAAACCCAUCUACAUCAACGUGAUCAGGGAUCCCAUCGAGCGGCUCGUGUCCUAUUAUUACUUCCUGCGCUUCGGGGACGACUACCGGCCCGGCUUGAGACGGAGGAAGCAAGGAGACAAGAAGACGUUUGACGAAUGUGUGUCAGCUGGAGGCUCGGACUGCGCUCCGGAGAAGCUCUGGCUCCAGAUUCCUUUUUUCUGCGGUCACUACUCUGAAUGUUGGAACGUGGGCAGCCAGUGGGCUCUGGAGCAGGCCAAAUACAACCUGGUGAACGAGUACAUGCUGGUGGGGGUGACGGAGGAGCUGGAGGACUUCGUCAUGAUGCUGGAGGCGGCGCUGCCGCGCUUCUUCAGAGGAGCCACCGAGCUGUACAAGACAGGCAAGAAAUCCCACCUGAGGAAGACCAGCGAGAAGAAACCGCCCACAAAGGAGUCCAUCGCCAAGCUGCAGCAGUCGGCCAUCUGGAAGAUGGAGAACGAGUUCUAUGAGUUUGCGCUGGAACAGUUCCAGUUCGUGAGGGCGCACGCUGUCAGGGAAAAGGACGGCGAACUCUACCUGCUGGCGCAGAAUUUCUUCUAUGAGAAAAUCUACCCGAAGAACUGAAAGAGGCGAGGUUUCUGCAGAGGAGCGUCGGCGGAGGCCAGGAAGACUGAGCGCUGGGGGCGGGAGGAUGCGAGCCGGGGCGGCGGCGGACCGUGUGGCCGCUCCGGCGGCGGCGGUGAUUCACGCGUGUUGCCGGCCAGCUGGACCAGCGGCUCCUGUUUCUUGCAGCGAGCGUCGGCGGGCCGCGUUCUCAACUCCUCCGCUCCCUGUCAGGCCAGAGGUCGUCUGAGCCCGAGGACCCCCUGCUGGCACGCGUCCCACAUCGACCCGGCCGACGAGACCGCCACUCCCCGAUCUGCUGUUCUCUAUCCAGACGAAGCGUCUCCACCGGCUUUGUACUGUUUGUUUGUGUUUUCUCUCUUUAUUCUGGUUGUCGUUUGUAUGUAAAGACUGUUUUUCACGGUGGAACGACUUCCCCGCCACCCGCCUCCACCACUAACGCUUAGAAACGGGCCUCUUCGCUGUACCGUCGGACUUGAGCGAGAACGUUUUCCUGAAAUAAACCUCCUGUGACCGCGGACUGCUCACCGGGGCGUGUGUGUACAUUUUCUACUGUAGAUGUGACUCGUAGACGUGCAGCUUUCCCCAGGACGGAGUUUUCCUGGGCGACGGAGGCUUUUACACACAAUAUAUCAUCCAAGUGCAUACGAUGUUAAAGAUGCUGCUUCUGUAAAUAUUUAAUACUUUUUCCAACCAUUUCAGAAGUCCUCCUUAGUGCUGGUCAGCUCUUUUGUUUCACUUUUUCACAAGUAUUUUUUUUUUCUUAUUAUUGUAGAAUAACUGGAACCGAAGAGCUCACCGAUAUGUGACAUUUAAAGGAUUACGGAGUAUGCCUUUUUUCUUUCACGCCAUUUGUUUUUAGAGGAGCCAUUCUGGUAUUACGCUGAAGCUGUAAAUGUAAAGCUGCAGCGCCGAAAUGUUCGGCUUCGCCACGACUGGGAAUGAGGAAACACUGUCUGUCUGCUUCUGUACCAUAACCCUGCUGUAAAACCGCAGUAUUGUUUUCACUUUUGGUUUUUUUUUGUACCUGGAAAUUGAUGCGUCGAUUGGAGAGUCUCAGAGGUGUUGAGGCAGCUUUUGUUACCCGUUUUCAUGCCAAGCCAAUCAGCUGCAGCUUUCAAUUUAAUGGACUGAUCAGAGAGGAAGCCUCUCUCCAACACUGGGCCCGUUGUGAUUCUCGCGGCCUUGCUGUUGAUUUUUGUACCUACUUGAUAAAUCACCAACAAGGCAAAGUGAAAAAUGUUGGCCCCCACAACUAAUUCAUCUCUGUCAUAAAGUU